GUGUGUGUGUGUGUGUGUGUGUGUGUGGAGGGCUCUAUAAUAUAACUUCAGCCCUGCUUGUUCGCUUCAAACCGCUCUGAACCCAGACACACAGCAGCAGCCCGGUGGUGUUUAAUUUCCCUGCUCCAGCAUGACCUCAGACAUUACCACAGACUUGGAGCUAGAGCUCGGCGAGCUGCUGCAGGAGUUCCAGGAUGUGGUGGAGGAGCUGAAGGCCCCCUCUCAAAGCAAACCUCACGCCUACCAGCGCGUCCUGCAGGAGGCCAAAAGUCGCACGGGGCUGGCGGACGACAGCGGGGUCGAGGACUCGGACUACGGCAGCGAGGCUUCUUUGGGAAACAGUUUGAACACCAGCGAGGAGGAGCUUCACACAGCAGGCAUAACGCUGGCACCGAAAGCCAAGCUGGGAGACACACGGGAACUUGAGAGUUUUAUCGACAUGUUGGACCGGGAGCUUGCAGAGAUGUGAACACAGAGAGAAAGCGAGCCACGCAGAGCGGGGAGAAAUGGGCGGGGGGCGACAUGGCUGGCUACCGCCGAGCAGACAGGCAGAUCUACACCAGAGCAGAUCUGAGGGAGCAAACGCUCCCCUGGCUGCUCCAGUGGAAAAGGUUAACAUCAGAAAUUAAAAGGGCACUCCAUUCCAAAAUGCAAGAACACCCUCAGACCCCUGGCGGUGCCGCGUCCAGCCGGCAAGACGACGUCCCCGCAGCAACAGAUCCGAGAUGUGUGACAUAUUCCCAAAACUAGACAAAGCUUCCAUCUGUGCGGGCGUGAGAGAAAAUGCAGCCCAGAGUAUAGAAAGCAUGUUCGAGCCACAUUUUAAAAUUCCCGUAAGUGCUAUGCCAGUAAAGGGCCCUAAAUCCUCGGUGCCAUAUUUUUUUUAAAGGAGGCCAUUACAAAUUACAGAUGGCACUUUAGUUUUAAAGUAAUUUAAAAUCCAAGGGGUUCAGAUCUGCUGUGUAAUAUCAAAUGUCAUUUUGUGCUGAUAUUUCUAAUGUACAGUUCCUGUUAAUAUUCAUUUUGUAUAUAUAAGCUGUUGUACAGAUGAAUGCACAUAUAAAUAAAGCUACCUUUUGAUGGGA